AACCGAAGCACGCAAGCCGCUUCUCAUCUCGCCUCGACUCUGCCGAACUUGCCACUUUCUCUCCAGGCAGAAGCUCCUUCCUCAAGAGUGAACCUUUGCUGCCUGUGCACCGAGCGCCAUCUCUGCCGCAGCGCCACGUUAUUUGAUCCUUGCUCUUUCUUUGCUGGGAAGAAAAGCUCGCCUCUUUCCCACGCUCCGAGGACACGUGGUGUCCGGAAUGAAUUGGAUGCAGAAGGCCCUCCCUCCACAGUACCACGUCACCUCCUUUUUCUCUCUCUCUCUCUCUCUUGCUCACUUGCUCUACACCCACACGCACACACUAGCGGGUUCUUCAGGCUUUUCAGCAAGAAUGCCACUGUUACCAAUCUGAGGGUGUUGUGUUUUAUUUUUAACUGAGAUUUUUACAUGACAGUUUUACACGUAUUUCCUCCACGGGUUUUCCUGUCUCGUUUUUUUUUUGGGGGGGGCAUGCAUGCAUACCGUCUCCACCCUCUCCCGGGACACCCCCCCCCCCACCCCCACCCCUCCUGUCUUUUCCCCCGCACACCUCGGCGCCAAACCUCGGCCUUGCGCAGCGAGUUGCCCUGCUCCGUCCGCCCCGUGCGUUUACAACGUGUCACCUCGGGCUCCGGGCUCUUUGUCUUGACUCUGGAAAAAGCACGCCUUGUUUAUCAACACCAUUUUGAUCCAAUGGAGAUAGGGCUCCAAUAAUAGAACCGCAAUUGACUUCUGCGAUCAUUCUAAAAGUUCAUUCCACCAUGGAUGAUUUAGUAGUCUCAAUUAUACGAUAAUAACUGUUUGAACCCAAUCAUCCUUUUGUUAUUUCCCAAAGUAUUGUUUAUCUGGUUUUGGCCGCUUCCCAGAGAAUUAUUCCGAAGAAUUAAACGGAAGAAACGCUGAAGCAUUUUGCUGCUGCGGUCUGCGCAAAUGUUUUCCAAGUGUCCACACGCACUGGAGCCAAGUUCUGAUGGUGGACAGAUGUUCCCGAUUUUCCGCAAGUUCUCCUCCAUUCACCAAGUCAAAGAGAGAGGCUGAAAAACACACACAUAAACAUGAGCAAAACACAUUUAGAUCCAAAUCCCAUUGACACACACACACACACACACACACAAAAAUCAUGAGCUGCGUUCCACUUUUGAAGUACAAUACGUGUGCACUCUUGCAGGUCAGUGACGGCGGCAAAAAGGAAUACACAUCUGUUUCUAAAUACGACCUAAAAAGAUCAGAGUCAAAUUCUCACCACAUUGAUUGGAGUGAGUCAGAGCUUUGUGUUUGAACGUUUGCAGCUGUGGGAACAAACAAUAAAGAAGCUCACCGACACCUGUAGACGCGCCCAUGAAAAUGCAUUGCUGAAUCACAUUCAGGUUUGAUACCUCCGCAAUUUUUUACGUUACUUUGAGCACAUUGGCCAUGCCUUAAAGGCAUUCUUGGAUAAAUACCUUACUGACUUUCAUCACAUCUGAAUACCCUUUGGGGUGAACUGGAACCUUACAAUUGUUCUUUUGGAUCAAUCAACACAAACAGACUCCAAAUGGACUUGUACCCCUUUUUUUCCCUUCCCCCCCACCUUCUCUCUCUCUGCUUGACCCCCACAUACGGGGUCACAAGGCGUGCUGGAGCCUAUCCCAGUUGUCGGGGGACACCCUGAACAGGUUACCUGCCAAUCGCAGGGCACACAUAGACCAGCAACCAUUCGUGCUCACAAUCACACCUCGGGAUAAUUUAGAGUGCCCAAUUAAUCUGCCGUGCAUGUUUUUGGAAUGUGGGAGGAAACCGGAGUACCCGCAGAAAACCUCCGCAGCCCUGCACCUCUGGACUGUGAGGUCGACAUUCUAACAAGUUGUUAGCAAGUUCAACAUAUAUAGACAGAGAUAGAUCAUGCUAAAGUAAUUCAAUUCUAUAUCUGUAUAUUUUGCAGGCUCUUUUUUUAUUUUGAAAGCAGGCAAGUUAGGUUGAAACCUGCAGCCGCAAAUGUGCACCAAAUGUACAGUUGAGAGUGUGGGAAAGAACACACAACGGAGCAAACGGCCCACAUACACCUUUGUGCGGUUUGCACUCAUUUCCUCCAUCCAUACGUUUGUUGCACUUCAGCAAUAUUCUCUCACCACCUCUUACGCGAGGUGUCAGUCAGUCACGCACGCACACACGCACACACACACACACACGCAAGCAGGCUUCGGUUCCCACGGUGGUGGGGGUGGCCGAGCGGCGUGUCAAUCCCCGCACAGCGUCACCUCUUUUCAUUCGCAAAAAAAAAAAGAGGAAGUAGAGCGGUCCCUUUUGUUAUGUCAAGUCCCACACAGUCUAGUCGUUUCAAAACAACUGUAAUAUAUCCGCAGUUUAUGAUUUAAGAAGCCGACUCUAAUCUCCUGCGCGACAGUUGUUCUAAAUGAGGGGACAGACUUCCGGGUUGCGUUUGUGGGACAUUUGUGGUGCCAUUUGCUUCCCCCUUUUUUCCCCCUCCCCUCUCAUCACAUGCGGUUUUGUGUGCAUUGGAACAUACUCCCACGAACAUUUAACGACCUUUAACUUUAUAGUGUAAACAAGUAAUUAAAAAGUUAAGAAAUUCUACGUUUGCUUGUAACUUUUAAUUUGUACAAAAUGGAAAAGUUUCCGGAUUACAACAACACUAAACGCGUCAUUUGUCAUGGGGAAAAUGCCCGCAUAUUCGCACCCUAAUUCCGAUUCGAUUCAUAUUUUUAUACGCAUUUACCGGGUUAUAUGUUUUCAUUAAUAUUUAUUAGACCGUGUGAUGAGUUUCUCAGUAUUACUGAUAUUGGGUGUCCUUGAAAAGAAAUCAUAGCGACGAGUUCUUUAUUGCGAGAUAGAUGUAGAUAUUCCCAUAUCGAUUAGUUACAUACAUUAGAAUGUUUUACAGCACUUAUAACUUCCGUAAAACGAUAAAAUAAAAAAUGACAGGCUCAUAGAUAGAUAACAUGACAGCGUUUUGGGUCAUGGGGGUCUCAGACAGGGAAGACCACGCCUCUCCCGCCCGCCUCGCCACUUGGAUAGCCGGCAUCAGCCUAUAACCUCGCCGGGUUUCCACCCAUUCCUCCACAUUUGUUUCUCCCACCCACACCCCCUCCUCCUUUGUAUUGUCAUGCAAAUAAAGGACGCGUAAAAUAUUCCUCCAGAGCGCAGCCACCAGCCGGCCAGAGCGCAUUGAGGACGCAGCCGAGCAAACAGCACGCUGGUGGAUUUUCUAUCUUUUUUUUGUUUGUUUGUUUUAGUUUAGUUUUUUUCCUCUUAUUUUCGGCGUCCAAGAACACUCGUCCCACAGGCAGACUCUUGUAUCAACGUCGGACGUGGACGUGGGGGGAACCAAAGAGGGAGAGAGAGGUCCGAAGUGUCCCAAUAGAACAUCAUCCGCCGCUGCUAGGAAACUACGGACCGCCACGCCGCCGCCGCCGCCACCCCCCGCGCAGCAAACGGGGAUCAUCUACCUUGAGGAUCUGUGUGUUUUCACUCAUUUUUUGGGGGAUAUACAAACAAGUGUGGCCAAGCGCGAGUGCCUUUCUAGACGGGAUUACCGGGCGCCCUCCCUCCCCCUUCCCUUGUCCUCCAACGCAGCCAUGAGCCAGGCGGACGUGUCCACAUGUUCGGCCCCGCAGAGGGUCUUCCAGGAGGCGGUGAAGAGGGGAAACACCAAGGAGCUGCACUCGCUGCUGCAGAACAUGACAAACUGCGAGUUCAACGUCAACUCGUUCGGACCCGAGGGCCAGACGGCGCUGCAUCAGUCCGUCAUCGACGGCAACCUGGAGCUGGUCAAGCUGCUGGUCAAGUUCGGCGCGGACAUCCGGCUCGCCAACAGGGAGGGCUGGAGCGCACUGCACAUCGCCGCUUUCGGGGGCCACCAGGACAUUGUGCUAUACCUCAUCACCAAGGCCAAGUACUCCUCUGGGGCCCGGUGAUCGCUCACUCCCCAGCCUGCCUCCCUUCUUCCACCCCUCUCUCUGCUGUGUGUCAGGUAAAAAAAAAUGCAAUGGUAACAAAACUCUCCACUCCAUUGUCUCGUUCACGUGCCAAACAUCAAUUGGGCUGCAUUGGAAUCUUUCAAUGCAAAUCUUUCACUUAGUUUCUUGGUACUAAAGCAGGGGUGGGUUGGGAGGGGGGCACUUGUCCUAUCAGUUCUCCUGGCGUCAUGCAAAUAUGAUUAUUAUGAGAUACUCUUCAAAUGCUCUUGGCUGGCUGCUAAAGGGUCCGCAAGCCGUAGGUUGCCCACCCCUGUCCUAAAAGCUUUCUUCUUGAAUGUGUCUACUAUAGAUGGUGCAUUCCCCCUUCAUUGUUUUUAACCCCGCCCCCACCCCCUCCCAUCUUCAAUGAUGCUCAUCGUUGUCCACUAAAAACAGCCAUUUUAACUUAUUUAAAGUGAAUUAGGGCACUUGAUGCUGGAAUAUUUGAAAGGGAAGAGAACACAAAGCAAGAGAAGGCAGAUGUAUUGUUUUGAACUCAAAGAGCGGCGUCAUGCUUUUUAUGUUGUUGUUGUUGUUUACCCGGCAUGCUGUAACAACAAAUGGCUUCAUUGUGUUUGUGAAGUACUGCACACGAUAGCUUUACUUUGUUUCUGUCAUUGUUUGAAGAGAGACGCAAAACAUUCAACUCGCCAUCAUCCGCGCUGGCGUCCAACCUUUUCAAGCCAGUCUGCCAACGGUCACUGUGCUGUUUCUUUAAAGGAAAACAACAAAAAAAAACCAGCUGCUUUGUUUUAAAACAAAAUAAAAUGAGAAAUUGGAAUCACUUUAUCAACUCAUUUCAGUAUUCUGUUAACAUCCUCGCUGUGAAAGCAGGCUGGGUUUUUUUUUUUUGUUAUAUUUAUGAAGGUACAUUUUGAUCAGGGGG